GGUGCGCUUGAAUCUUGCCUGAGAACAUUUUGCCAUUAGCCGAUUCGGCUAUAUCCAGACUAUUUCUCAUCUUUGGACUGCGCCGGAAUAGGACCCGUGGUUGUCAGUCUAGACAGCACGGCCCUUAACGGUACCUAGGCUCGCACUCGGGACCUGCGAACCCCGAGACGGCCGUUUAUUUGAGUGUGAUUACAAUUGUAUUGCCAUCAAUUAAAUGCAGAGGGGCUAGAGAGGUGUUGCACACAGAACCAUGAGUCCAGACACUGUGCAGUGGGCACUGCUGUGCCUCUGUGCGCUACUUGGAUUUGUUCAAGCCCAGGAAGGAGACGACAGUCGAUGCAAGAAUCUCGCCGAAGGCGGGUUCUAUCUGCCCGACAAAAUGAAGCCGUGCUAUAAAUGUUUCUGUCAUGGCGGGAAAGCGAAAUGUCGUGACGUAGAAUCGGAGUGCAACUAUGACUUCAAUUGUGAUCCCAGUGACGUCAUAGUUCCCUUCCUCGAGUGCUGCCCUGUGUGCAAACAGGAGCUGCAGCGACAGGAAGCGGUACGUGGCGAAAAUGACUUUGAAGAACAACCGGUGGUCCUUGUACCUGUCAUGUCUGCUGACGAGAAGGCUGGUCCUAAUUGGCAGCAUGGAAACCAGUUUGGACCACAAAUGAUGUCCGCUGGCGUUCCUGGACCCAGAGGCCCUGCUGGAUCCCCAGGUCAGCCGGGCCCCCAGGGCUUCCCCGGCCCCCGUGGAGAGACCGGAGAACCCGGACAAUCCGGUCCCGCUGGACCACGUGGACUUCCGGGACCGAUCGGACCACCAGGAAAUGACGGAGACGAAGGCAUGACGGGAGAGACCGGACCACCAGGUCCAACAGGCAACCCAGGUGACGCGGGCCGGCCAGGUAUCCCCGGACUGCCCGGACCAAAGGGACACGUUGGAAUGCCUGGCAGACCCGGACAACGCGGUGAGGACGGUCGUCCUGGUGACAAGGGAGAGGUGGGUGCAGUCGGAGCCCCUGGCGGUCCCGGCCCCAUGGGAGCGGCUGGAGCAAUAGGCGAGAGAGGACGCGAUGGAUCACCCGGAGCACCUGGAUUGCCCGGUACUGACGGAAAGAUUGGCGAGCGUGGAGCCCCGGGCAACAUCGGACCCCCAGGUCCUCCUGGCUUCCCUGGUGCAUCAGGCGCUAAGGGUGAUGCUGGACAACCCGGAUCACGCGGAUCUACUGGUCUCCCAGGACCUGACGGACAGAACGGAAGUCCCGGCCAGCCAGGAGAACCCGGACCACCAGGACCGCCCGGUACAGAUGGCGAACCCGGAAGUAAAGGAGACCAGGGCCCCAGCGGACAGCCCGGCGCCACAGGAUUCCCCGGACCCCAGGGACCACCCGGACUCUCUGGAACCCCCGGAGCCGCCGGAGCUAAAGGAGAAGCUGGUAAGGAUGGACUACCCGGAGGUGACGGUGAGCCAGGUAUGCGUGGAGCCCCAGGAAACUCCGGCGAACGAGGUCUUCCUGGUCUAGCAGGCGCACCCGGAAAUAGAGGACCCAUCGGAGCUUCUGGACCGCCAGGCCCACCCGGUAACCAAGGCGAGCCUGGUAUGCCAGGCUUGCAGGGAACUCCCGGAGCCCCUGGAAACCCAGGCCCGGCCGGAAAAGACGGCGAGAGGGGACCGGAAGGCGAGCGCGGAGAGCAGGGAGCGCCGGGAGCAGUAGGCCUGAUUGGCCCAGUUGGACCGACCGGCCCCAGGGGUAUUUCUGGGCCCUCUGGAUCUGACGGCCGCCCUGGACCUCCUGGACCCCCGGGACCCGGUGGCGAGAACGGCAAGGACGGUGAACAGGGAAUGCAGGGACCCCCGGGUUUGCCCGGAGUUUCCGGUAUGCCGGGACCCAAGGGAGAUUCUGGUCCCUCGGGCAGGACAGGGGAGUCCGGACCACCAGGACCUCAGGGACCACGCGGGGAGCGCGGCUCGCAGGGAGAACCCGGAGAAAUCGGACCCCCGGGACCAACAGGACCCAGCGGAGAAGUUGGUGAACCAGGCAGACAGGGAGAACAGGGUAUCUCGGGCCCCGUGGGACCCCCCGGAUCGCCAGGUGAGUCCGGAAGAGCCGGAGAACCCGGCGCAGCUGGACCCUCUGGAGAGCCCGGCACCCCUGGAGAAAGAGGCGAGCCCGGUUUCCCCGGCGAGGGUGGAUCCCCGGGACAGCGCGGAGCCCCCGGUGAACGCGGACCCCAGGGUGUUCCCGGCGAGAGCGGACCGGAAGGACCGGAUGGACCCGCGGGACCACGCGGUGAGCCCGGAGCUCAGGGACUUGCGGGACUUCCGGGCGAGAGAGGUCUUCCGGGAAGAGAGGGCGGAAAGGGUAGCAGGGGUGCCCCUGGUCAACGCGGAAACGACGGUAUGCCCGGAGAGCCCGGUGGUCUCGGACCUGUCGGAGCACCAGGCCCUUCCGGACCAAUGUCGAUUAUCAAACCGGAAAAGGGUGACCGUGGUGCCUCCGGGGAGCCAGGACCGCCUGGACUCCCGGGUGAGAGUGGUGUGAUGGGAUUUGCAGGCGAAUCCGGCGCCGCUGGACCUCCGGGACCCGGGGGUCCACCGGGUGAACCAGGCGCCCCCGGAGAGCAAGGAGCACCAGGGACAAGAGGAGACCGCGGAACUCCAGGAUACCCAGGCGAGCAGGGACAGCGUGGUGAACCGGGUCCACCCGGAGUUGAGGGCAAAAAUGGUGCUCGCGGUCCCCCGGGUUCAAUCGGCCUUACCGGAACCCCCGGAACUCCAGGCAGACAAGGACCCCCAGGAAAUGACGGAGAACCCGGUGCAACCGGCCCCCAGGGAGCCACUGGCGCUCCAGGACAAAUAGGAUCUCGCGGAGAAGUAGGACCCCCGGGCCCUCAAGGCAAAGACGGCGGCCCAGGCAUCAACGGGCAGGACGGACCACCGGGCGAUAGAGGAAAUCAGGGCCAACAGGGUCUUACCGGACCCCCGGGCGUCCCAGGCCCUCAAGGCGAUAGAGGCGCUCCCGGUUUCCCCGGACAACAGGGAGCGCAGGGCCCACAGGGACCGGCUGGUGAACAGGGAAUGCCAGGAGAGGUUGGGCGACAUGGCAGUGACGGCAAACCAGGACUUCCGGGGGCGCCAGGUCCAAUGGGACUGCCGGGACCACAGGGAGAUCAAGGCCGACCGGGUGAGGCUGGACAAGAUGGACUUCCCGGAGCCCCGGGUCGCACAGGCGACAAGGGUGACUCCGGCCCAGUGGGUCAACCAGGACUUCAAGGUCAGCCCGGCCCAAUGGGACCACCGGGUGCUUCCGGACCUCAAGGAGAACGCGGAGAGAGGGGCGAACGAGGUGAGUCGGGCACACCUGGACCUUUUGGCGCCCCCGGCAGCCAAGGACCUCCAGGACCAGUGGGUCACAAAGGAGAGAAAGGAGACAAUGGCAGAAACGGAGCAAAGGGAGACAAGGGUUGGGCUGGUAUUCCCGGUCCACAAGGACCACCAGGACCAUCGGGCCCGAACGGCGAGUCUGGAAAACAAGGCCCCAGCGGACCCCCUGGCCCUCAGGGUCAAUCUGGAUCACGUGGUAACAACGGCAAGGACGGUCCACAGGGUCCAGUCGGUGCCCCGGGUCUCAGCGGACCACGCGGUGCCCAGGGUAACGACGGACCUCAGGGACAGCCCGGACCCCCGGGACCCCCAGGACCUCCAGGACCUCCGUCUUAUGGACCCACCUACUACCCUCAGCAGGCACAGGUACAACAGUACAAGGGACCCGCCUCCUGGGAAAACGGAUACCAGUACGACCAGCCACAGAUGGAUGUUCUUCCUGAUCCCGACGAUGACGUUCUGGUCAACCUAAACUACGUCCUUCACGCCGUCGACUCCAUGAGACGCCCUCUCGGCACGCGCUUCUCUCCCGGCAGGUCGUGUGACCACAUCCGCAGGUUCAGCAUCAACCCGCUCAAGAAUGGUCGCUACUUUGUUGAUCCCAGCAUGGGAGCGUUCGAGCCAGUGGAGGUCUACUGUAGAUUCCACCAGUCGUACGCUGAGACCUGUGUUGAGCCUAAGCAACAGUUCAAGGAGGGCAGGUGGUUCAAGAAGCCGAUGACGUCAGUCUGGUUCGCCGAGCACGUGAACGGAAAUGAGAUCCAAUACAACAUCCGGUCAAGCCAGCUGACAUUGCUGCAGCAGCAGAGCGACAUGGCGACGCAGACGCUCUCCUUCCGUUGCCUGAACCUGCAGACGAGCGGCUACCAGCUUCUUCCCAACGACGAAAACACGCAAUUCAUCGACACUUCCUCAACGCGCUACCUUAGCUCGACCAGAAUCGAGAAGAGCGAGGGAUGCGAGAUAAACAACCAAUGGGGAAAAUCCAGCUACACGAUCCGCACGAAGCGACCUGCGGUACUUCCGAUCACCGACGUCCUCUUGUACGACGUUGGAGCCGAGAACCAGCAAAUUGGCCUCACAGUUGGCGAGGUGUGUUUCCGACCAGAAGUUUAACUUCCGGAGCGACGUUCAGCUUUCUUAGGGAUUUCUGUGCAAUGAUUUUCCUAUAAAAUAUCUAUAAAAAACAUACCCUAACCAUCCUUAUUCCCCGACCCCACCCCAAGUUGCGAAAAGGCAAUAAUAGUCACGGUACAUUGACUUGUUUACGAAUGUGCUAAACAAAAAAUUCUCUAAAUUCUUAUAACGCAUUUUCCCUUAAAAUUUGAUAUGCUUAUUUUUUUAAUGCAAUUUUUAUGUUUAAAAAUGUUUUGCAAAGCGAUUGUAUUUGAUGGAACUAUUUUUAAUUUUAGAAUUGUUGUAAACAAUGAUAUGUUGUUAUCAAACUUUAUUACGGGCACAGUAUGCAUAAUGAUUGAAUAUGCCCAAGGCAAAUAUCAAAUUGCAUUGCUUACACCUGCAUAGAUCUCUGUAUUUGCAGAAACGUUUUUUUCUCAGGUAAUAACAUGUAUUUCCUUUACACAAUUAUCGAUGUAACGGUAUUCUUGAACAUCAUGACGUCAUCCUGACGUUUAUUUAUUGCAGUGUACAAUAAACGACGUCGUUUUUGACGUCAAUUUUUAUAAAAGAUGAAUGGUAGAUGCUUCGUGAAAAAUCAUAAUUUGGUUCGUUUUGUGACGAAUUUUCAAUUGGUAGUCAUUCCGGAUUAUCAUGGCAAUUGUGUCUGGUUUUGGCUAUAUUUUGAAAAUUCAAACACAUUCACUUAUAUAUGUUGAACAUACAAACACAUUCACGUAUAUUUUGAACAUUCAAACACACACACUUAUAUCGGAAAUGGGCAGAAUUCAAUCUUGAUCACAGAGCACGCAAUCAUGGCAUUAAACAUCGUCUUCAUGCUCAAUUAUGUUGUUUAAUCACGAUGGUUUGGUAGAUGUUUCACGCUGAUUAUUUCAUAUAUUUAUGUAUAUAUUUAGAUAUGUGCAUUUUUCUCAUCCCUGUCAUGUUCCGUCCAUUUACAUGUUCACGUCAUAUAUCGGAUUUUCAUUUUUGCUGUGUAUACCAGUACACAGUGUGUACGCUAUUGUACACUGUUGUUGCUUUUAAUGCACGUAAAUCUACACAAAAUUUCAUUUUGACCACGUGUUUGGAAAAUUAUGUUUAGAACAAUGUCGACGUUUCAAGUUUGCUUGUCUUCAGCAUCCAGGUCAAAUAAGCGCCAGCAGUUUAAUUUAGUUUCACACGGUUCAUGUUGGAUUUUUUUCUUGUAGGGACAUUCUUAUCUUUUAAAUUGAUUUGAAGUCAGCUAUUUAUGUUUACUUAUCUAACGAGAUUUCAAAAUGAACAUCUUGAGGGAAUCCGUUUCAAAACACCACAAGGCUCAACUAUCUUAAUAGAUAAUUAUCUUAAUGUUCGCUAUUUUAACGACAUUAAUCUUUCCACGUGCCUGAUUCUGAGAAACCGUGACGUACCACAUGGGUCCCGCGUGAUAGAAAUUCUAGGCAGAGCUGAUUUAAUUUGGUAGUUUAUGCUGGAUUGCAUUUUACGGGGCGUCUGGACAUUAAUUCUAAAUCUCAUUAUCUAGGCUCAGAUCCCCUCAGCAGCAAUUUGUAAUUUUCCUCAGGAUGUUAUCAACGUGUUCCUUAGUCGUUUAUAUUUCAACAACGUUAUGCGAUUGUGAUGUGCUGACACUGUAAUUUUGUGUUCAAGAGCAUUUAAUAACGCCUGAUAAAUAACCUCAUUAUCAUUAUGUACCUGGGC